UCUCAAAAUCCUCGACAGCUGGGAGAGUCACCCUUGACCUGGCUGUGCCACAAUACGAGAUUGGUCCUACCUACCCACGGAGCUCACCUUGGAAAGCAUCAACAAGGGAUUUCGAGAGUCUGCAGUGGCUCAGACAAGCUUCGUCAUCGUUUUCACCUCAGAUCGUCUUGAGAGAGACACGCUACGGUUGCCGCCAUCGCGUGUCGCUUCCGUCUUCACCAGGACCUCAUAACGUCUGGCGCCAAACCACCAUCGAUUUACACCAUUUUCACUUUUCCCUUCGACUUCACCCACAUCUGAUAGAUAGCCAUGUUGAUCCUCAAGACUCUGGCGCUGCUCGCCGCAGCUGUGCUGGUUACUGGACAGUCCGUCGACAGUCUGCCCACGUGUGCUCAAAAUUGCUACUACUCUUCCCGUGAUGGAUUUGCGCAGUGUACUGGCGCCGAUCAGGCUAGCAUGGCGUGCCUUUGCCCCAACGCCGACUUUUUCAACGCCGUCCAUGACUGUGCGAGUAAGGCUUGCCAGGCUGAGUUUGGCGCGCAAGCCGAUGAGUACGCUGGUACUGCUGUAGCCGCAGCUCAUGCUGUGUGUGCAACCGCGACGGUUCCUGCUGCGGCACCGCCCGCAACUUCAGCGGCUCCCGCAAACUCCGAUGCUGCGGCACCGCCGGCGAGUACUACGGCACCCGAGACUAGCGCUGCUGCCUCUUCUGUGCCUUCUGCAGUGAGCUCAUCUACUGAGCCGACUUCUGUCCCGACGGAUGCCGCGGCCACAAGUGCGACGGCUCCGUCAACAGCCGCCACUUCCACUACUGAGAGUUCCGAAUCAGCAACAUCAACCGGAGCCGGCGCGAUUGUCCCCGUGCCUACUGGAGGCUCCAGCACCUCUUCCGCUUCUGCCCCGGCAUCAACCUCCAAGGACAAGGACGAGGAUGAUGAUGCCGCUGGUGGACUCUCGAAAGGUGCUAAAGCCGGCAUUGGUGCUGGCAUCGGAGUGGGAUCCCUGGUCUUGCUUAUCACCCUCGCCCUUGUGCUUUUCCGCAAGCGCAGCACGCCGAAAGAUCAUAUCAAGAUCUCGGACCCUGUGGCGGGUGGACGCCAUUAUGCCAGCGAUCCGUACAGCCACAACAAUUUCUCGAGGGACACAAGCCACGGCGGCAUCACCAUCAUGAGCGAGAACGAGUUGGAGAUGAAGAGUCGUAGGUAUGAGGACAUGCUGCCUAGACAGCAGCCGAGGAACAUGGUGUAAACUUGCACUAGCAGUGAAAAAGUGAUGUAUGGGAGGAGAUGUGAUUAACAGGAUGAGGAAAGACAAAAAGCAAAAUC